AUGCGUCUUUUGGCUACCUUGGCUCUUGUGCUUGUCAGUAUUGCGUUUGUGCAAUGCCAACUUGUUGUUCCUCAAUUAAACAAUUUGAAUGCAUUGACCUCCUUAUUUCCGCAAAUACAGAACUUCCUUGCCCAACUGGACGAAAUUCUUCCACAGAUUGCUGACAUUCUAUCAUCAGUUGAAUUGCAAUCCCUGAAAGAAAAACUCACUCAAGUAGUUAUAACCCAACUUGGAGGUAAUCUUGAUUUCAAUUCAAUCAGAGACAAACUACGACCAGUACUACAACAAUUUCUUGGCUCGAAACCACAAGCUCGCGGUGAUUUUCAUGCCCUUCUUACACAAGUUACUAACGCAGCCGUACAUGAACUACCAGGUUUCCUAAUAAAUUUACUCGGCAAACGUGAAGCAACUGAAGCUCGUGCUGGUCUAGCUGAUGUACUUUCAUUGUUCGAUAAACUUUCAUUGGAUCAAUUCAUUCCACAAAUUCAUCAAUUCUUGAGCAAUGACAAAUUUCAUCAACUACAACAACAAUUCUUCAGCACUGUUCUUUCAGCUGCUGGUAACCAUUGGAGUCUGCCCAAUGUAGCUCAAGCUAUUCAACAACUUGUUACUCAAUUUGUACCUGAAGUUUCUCAAAUGCGCAUAAAUUGGGAACAUAUUGGUCAACAAGCACUCAGUGGUCUUGCCUCUGCUCUUCCCAGUAUUCUUAUGGGUGCUGUAAGCAUAUUUGGCAAACGUG